AUGGUGCUGUUACCGCCGUGUACUCCCGAUAUUUGCGGCAAGGACUUUAGGAAUUCCUUGAAGAAGCCGAGCCCUAACUACCCGUAUGGGGACAAGGCUAAGAAAUGCCGGGUCGUUCCGGCCUUUACGAUACAAGCUAUGCAGAAAAACACCAAAGUUAUGCCUCCGCCGAAGUGUGGCGUCUACGAUCCUUUGCCUCCGAAGCCGACCAUGUUCAGGAGAUGCUACCAAAGGGGCGAGUUCCCAGUGUCUAUAGAGUUCACUUCGGUCGGAAAACGGCUGACAUGGAAGGUACCGAUAGAAAAGCUGGAUUUCCAUCACUACCUUCCUAUGUUCUUUGACGGGCUCGCUGAGGGUACAUAUCCCUACAACUUCAUAGUGGAACGUGGGAUUAAUGAUCUUGUCACCAAAGGAUCGUACAAGAUUCUACCAGUCGUGCCACAACUCAUUAUACCUAUUAAAAAUGCUCUCGCAACAAAGCGGCCCUCGGUGAUCUGCCAUGCUCUAACAUGCAUUCAGAUGAUUGUGACGGGCAGCGACAGGGUCGGCGAAGCACUCGUCCCAUACUACAGACAGAUAUUACCAACGCUCAAUUUAUUCAAGGACAGAAACCGUAACAUGGGCUCCGGUAUAGAUCACACGACAACUCGCGGGGAGAAUGUCGCUGAUAUGAUAGAGGACACCCUUCAGAUCCUAGAGAGGUACGGCGGGCCGGACGCCUUCAUCAACAUCAAGUACAUGAUACCGACAUACGAGUCCUGUGUGUUGAACUAG